AUGGUGUCUAAGAACGUUUUGGUAACCGGUGGUGCUGGAUAUAUCGGAAGUCACACGGUGCUUCAACUGCUUACCGGUGGUUACUCCGCCGUAGUUGUCGAUAACCUCGACAAUUCUUCUGCCGUUUCUCUCCAGCGCGUUAAGAAACUCGCCGCCGAACACGGUGAACGCCUCUCCUUCCACCAGGUUGAUCUCAGGGAUAGACCUGCCCUUGAGAAGAUCUUCUCAGAAACAAAGUUUGAUGCAGUGAUACACUUUGCUGGACUUAAAGCAGUCGGUGAGAGUGUAGACAAGCCUUUGCUGUAUUAUAAUAACAAUCUUGUUGGGACUAUUACGCUUUUGGAAGUUAUGGCUCAACACAACUGCAAAAAUCUUGUGUUUUCAUCAUCAGCCACUGUGUAUGGCUCACCCAAAGAAGUUCCUUGCACAGAGGAGUUUCCAAUCUCUGCAUUGAACCCAUAUGGACGAACAAAGCUAUUCAUUGAGGAGAUCUGUCGUGAUGUAUAUGUCUCUGACCCGGAAUGGAAGAUCGUAUUGCUUAGGUAUUUCAACCCUGUUGGUGCACAUCCUAGUGGUGACAUUGGUGAAGAUCCUCGGGGUAUUCCAAACAAUCUCAUGCCUUUUGUCCAACAAGUCGCUGUUGGAAGGAGACCUCAUCUCACUGUAUAUGGAAAUGAUUACAACACAAAAGAUGGAACAGGGGUUCGAGAUUACAUUCAUGUAAUGGAUUUAGCUGAUGGUCACAUAGCCGCUCUGCGUAAGCUAGAAGAUUGCAAAAUCGGCUGUGAAGUGUACAAUCUUGGAACUGGAAAUGGAACAUCAGUUCUUGAAAUGGUUGAUGCCUUUGAAAAAGCGUCUGGGAAGAAAAUCCCUCUGGUUAUCGCUGGUCGUCGUCCAGGAGACGCUGAAGUUGUUUAUGCCUCAACAAAGACAGCAGAAAGUGAAUUAAACUGGAAGGCCAAAUAUGGGAUUGACGAGAUGUGCAGGGACUCGUGGAACUGGACUAGUAAUAAUCCUUAUGGAUAUGAUUCCUCUGAAGCCUGA